CCCGCAGGAGGUGAUCCAGGAGCAGUAGAAGCUUCCCAAGAUGGGCUGUGGGGUGAAGCUGAUGAGGAGCCUGUGCCAGCCGAGCCGAGGGGGUCCAGCGGCCCCGCGGGUGCCCAGCCCCAGCCUGACGCCUUGGCGCAGACGUGUCUCCUCCGGGACCUGGAGAUGGGGCCCCUCGCCCACACACAGACCCUGCGGGACUUCGAGCAGCACCUCAAUGACCUCAAAAAGGAGAAUUUCAGCCUCAAGCUCCGCAUCUACUUUCUGGAGGAGCGCGUCCAGCAGAAGGGCGAGGACAGCCGGGACGAUGUCUACCGGCGGAACAUCGAGCUGAAGGUGGAGGUGGAGAGCCUGAAGCGGGAGCUGCAGGAGAAGCAACAAGCCCUGGACAACACAUGGGUGGCUGCAGAGAGCCAGACAAGCCGCAGCCAGGCUGCGCUCCGGCAGCAGUACGAGGAGCGGCAGCGGGAGUCGGAGCACGUCUACGAGCUCCUGGAGAACAAGAUCCAGCUCCUGCAGGAGGAGGCCAGGCUGGCACGGAGUGAGGCCGAGCAGGCCACGGCGCUGGCCAGAGCUGAGGCAGAGAGAUGCCGGGAGUUGACAGGGAAGCUGAAGGAAGCGGCGAGGACAAAGCAGGAGGACAGCAGCGACAAUGGCUGUGGCUCCAUGGCCCAGAGGAGGAUCGAAGAGCUGACCCAAGAGCUGGCUGCCAGCAACCAGCUUGUGGAAAUGCUGUCAGCAGAGAAGCAUGACCUGCAGCAGUGCCUGGAGGGGUCCCCGGUCAUGGAGGGGCAGAAUUUGCAGGAUGAAGGGCAGCAGGCAGCUCCAGGUAGCGCUGCAGCAGGGGAGCACGUGGCCGAUGUGCGUGCAGCAGAGCUGCAGGGCAAACUCCAGCACUUGGAAGCUGCCAACAAGUUGUUACAGGAAAAGCUGAAUGAAUUGAAUUUCGAAUUAAAAUCUGUUCAAGAAACAUCACAAAGGCAAGAUCGUACAAUCCAGAGCCUGAAUGAGGCCCUGAAGAGCAAAGAGAGUAAGACAGAGGAGCUGUACCACAUCAUCGAAGGGCAGAAUGAGACCAUGGCCAAGCUGCGGGACAUGUUACACAGAAACCAUCUGGGACAGCUGCAGGUGUCAGAGAGCCCACUGUCACCCCAGGAGCAGCAAAUGUCACCGCUCGAUCUUCAGAACGCCCUUUUCUGCACCAAGCUGGAGGUGCAGAAACUGAAGAGAGCUCAGCGCCAGAAGGAGCAUCAGCUGGCUGAAGCCAAGAGAGCAACCCAGCUCCUGGAGACCACGGUCCAUGAGGAAGAGCAGCAGAAAGAGGCAACCUGGAAACACAACCAGGAACUGCGUGCUGUGGUACAACAGCUGCAGGCAGAGCUGCAGGACAAGGCUCAGCAGCUCCAGACUUUGGAGUGGGAGAAAAGCCGUGAGCUGCAGGCCCAGGAGCAGAGAGUUCAGCGUUUGAUUCAGCAGCUGGCUCACAAGGAGCAGCUUCUGCAGGAGUCCAGGGAGCUUCUGCAAUGCCAGCAAAGCUUGGAGAAGAGCCCCGCAGCCAUGAAUGCCAUGUUGGAGAAACUGCAGCAGCGUGUCAGCGACAGGGAUGCUGCUCUGGAGAGAGCAGUAGAUGAGAAGUUCUGUGCCCUGGAGAAGAAGGAGCAGGAGCUGCAGCAGCUGCGCGUGUCCAUGCGGGAGCGCGGCAGCGACCUGGAGAGGCUGCGCAGUGUCCUCUGCAGCAAUGAGGCCACCAUCCACAGCCUGGAGAGCCUCCUGAAAGCCAAAACCCUGGAACUGGAGCAGGUCUCAGCAACCUGCCAAAACCUCCGCUGGCUCAAAGAGGAGAUUGAAGCCAAAUCUGGCAGCAGGCAGAAGGAGCAGGAGGGGAUCAUCCAACAGCUGCAGACCUGCCUGCAUGACAGGAACAAGGAAGUGGAGGAGCUUACAGCAACUCUGCUGUGCAAGCUGGGCCCCGGGCAGAGUGAGGUAGCAGAGGAGCUGUGCCUGCGCCUCCAGCACAAGGAGAAGAUGCUGCAGGAUCUGCUCAGUGACCGGAACCGGCAAACCGUGGAGCACGAUGCUGAAAUUCGGGAGCUGCUGCAGGCUCUGAGCACCAAGGAGCAGCAGAGCAGAGUGGCUGCAGAGAAGAUGGCACAGGCUUUGGCUGAAAGGAGCAGUGAGCUACAGCUGCUGCGCCAGCACGUGUUGGGGAAGGACCCUGUUGGGACCCAGUCAGCUGGUGCCAGGCCAUUGAAGCAGGACAAACAACCCAUACAAGAGUUACUGCAAAGAGCUUAUGGAGCUACAGUCAUUGCUGGAUCCCCACAGGAAGACAGCAGCUGCAGGACAGAGGAAGUUACAAUGUCAGCAGCAGAACUGGAGAAGGAUCUUGUCAAUGCCAAAGAGGAGCUGGAGCUAAUGGCAAAGAAGGAAAGGGAAAGCAGGCGGGAGCUCACUGCUCUCCAGUCUGUCGUGGCCACGCAGGAGGAGGAGCUGCAGGUGCAGGCCUCAGAUAUUGAGUCCUUGACCAGAACCAUCCAGAUGAAAGAGGACCUCAUCAAGGAUCUGCAGAUGCAGCUGGUGGAUCCUGAAGAAAUUCCAGCCAUGGAAAGGCUGACACAAGAAGUGCUGGUGCUUCGGGAGAAAGUGGCUGUAGCAGAGUCCCAAGGACAGGAGGCUGCUGGAAACAGAAGGCAGCAGCAGUUGUUACUGAUGCUGGAAGGGCUGGUGGCUGAGAGGAAUCGGUUAAAUGAGGCUCUCCAGGCAGAGAGGCAGCUCUAUGGCAGCCUGGUGAAGUUUCACACACACCCAGACAGCGCUGCGAGAGACCACGCCCUGCAGGUGGAGCUGGAAGGGGUCCACGAGCUGCGGGGACAGCUGGAAGAAGCUCUUGGAAGAAGCUUGGAGUGUUUGAGCAGGCUGGAGACACAGGGCGCCAUAGGAGGUCAGGCCGCAGGUACACACACCGAUGGCAGCACCAACUUCACCGACAGCAUGAAGGAGGAGGCGGCCCGUGGCUCGGCACCCCAGCAGAGCAACCCCCGGGCCCGCAAGGAGAAUGGGGGCACCGAAAGGAGCACAGCGCCCACCGUGCCCGAACGGGAGCUGCGGGCUGAGGAGGAGCUGCGGGAGCUGAAGGCGCAGCUGGAGGAAGCCGGCUUCUCCUCUGUCUCCCACAUCAGGAAGGCGAUGCUGAGCCUGUGCCUGGAAAACGCGGAGCUGAAGGAGCGGAUGGGUGAAGCUACGUCGCUACUGGAGAGCGGGGAGCAGGAGGAGCCGGGGCUGGGCAGCCCCCUGGCCCCCGAGCCCCGGCGGCUGCCGCGGAAGAGCCGCGGGUCCCUUGGGGAGCGCCCGGCCGGAGGCAGCGGGGAUGGCCCAGGGCUCCCGGCAGAGAGGGGAGCUGUGCCCACCAAACGCCCGGCGCUGGAGACCCGAGCCCAGGGUGACAUGCCCAAGAGACCCUGCCCUGGCAGCCCCGGUGGAGGGGACGGGAGCCAUGUGGAGGGCUCGGUUCCCGGCGGGGGCUGGCCCGGGCUGGGCGCAGAGCUGCGCUCCCAGGUGGCACAGGGCCAAAGGCAGUGCCAGGAGCUGCAGGACAAGCUCGCUGCCUCGGAGGCCACGGUGCGGGCACAAGCUGAGCAGCUGGAGAAAUACCACGUCCUGCUCCGUGAACCUCAGGCACAGCAGCUCAGCAAGCAAGUGCAGGUGGACUUCCAGGACCUGGGCUAUGAGACCUGUGGGCGCAGUGAGACGGAGGCUGACCGUGAUGAGACCACCAGCCCUGAGUGCGAGGAGCCAGAUGUGUUCAGUGAGACCAGCCUGGGUGAGGAGCUGGGGUCCUCGUGCCAGCCAGGGAUGUCCAGAGUGGCCAAAAAUGCCCAGAAAACCAUGGAGGAUGUGGAGGCCCUGCACCAGCACAUCCAGGACCUCAAGGCCCAGCUGCUCAAUGCCAACAAGGUGAUCCAGAGCCUGCAGCGCCGUGCCCGCUCCAUCUCUGUCACCAGUGGCUACACCUCAGGUGCUGAGCGGCCCCUGGCGGCUCCCAAGGCCUCGGCGUCCCCAGCGCACAGCCUGACGGACGAGGACGAGGGCUGGCAGUCGGACGGGCACGGCACGCUGUGCCCACCCGCCCUGCGGGCACACCGCGACCUGCAGAGCCUGGUGCACCGCGUCACCCUGCUCGAGGCACAGCUGCCCGCGGCCAAGCACGGAGCCACCUUGCCCAAGGAGCUGCACUCUGCCACUUGGCCAGGGAAAUACAACUCUCUGAUCCAGGCCCAGGCUCGGGAGCUCUCCCACCUGCGGCAGGUGCUGCGGGAGGGCCGUGGGCUGAGCCGCAGCCUGGCCCAGCACCUGCGGGACGCCCUGCGCUCCUUCGAGGACCUCCUCCGGGGCACUGACAUCGACUACUACCUGGGCCAGGGCUUCAGGGAGCAGCUGGCCCAGGGCAGGCAACUGGCUGAGAGGCUCAGCGACAAGCUGGGCAUCAGAGAUCGACAAGACGGGGAGGAUAAAACCAGUCAUGAGCUCCUGGCACAGAGGCUCAGCCGGGAGCUCCAGGAGAAGGAGAAGGUGAUUGAGAGCCUGGAGGUGAAGCUGCAGGAGCGCUCUGAGUCCCCAGGUAGCAGCUGCCCACCCUCGGAGUCAUCCCACUCUGCCAGCAGCUCAUCCUUCACCUCCGAGGGGCUGGAGCCCUGCUCUGAUGGGGAUGCAGCCAGCCUUCACUUUGACUCCUUGUCCCAACCUGCUAGUGCCCCCCUACCUGCCCUGGCCCCCGGGCUGUCCCCCUUCCUCCCUGCCGGGCCCCCUCCUGCUGCGGCCCCGCCACUCCUGGGCUGCUGUGGGAAUUCUGUCUGCUCCCUGGCUGAGGCACAGCAGGAACUGCAGGUGCUCCGGAGGCAACUGGGAGAAAGUGUGACACUGCCCAUGGCACCAGCAAAGCCCACGGUGCCACUGGGCCCUUUUGGAGAGGGCAGCAAAGCCCCAGCAUCGUUCUGCCGACACGGAGCCCUGCAGGGCCCAGCUGAGCUCCCCCAUGGCCUCUGGGACGUGCCCCUGCCCGGCCAGCUGCUCUAUGGGGCCCUGCCCCCGGGGUACCCCUGUGGGCAGAAGCUGACAGGGGCAGACCUGCUGGAGGAACACCUGGUGGAGAUCCGCAACCUGCGCCAGCGCCUGGAGGAGUCCAUCUGCACCAACGACCGGCUCCGGGAGCAGCUGGAGCGCCGCCUGGCCGGCAAGGGCAGCGGAUUGCCCAGUGAUGUCUAUGCCCAGACACCGGAGCUGGGGCUGCAGCUGAGCAGGGAGAACCAGGCUCUGCACGAGGAAAACCGGACCCUGCGGCUCCAACGGGACCACCUCUCCCAAGAGCUGGCACGGGUGCAGGAGACACUUGUGGCUGCCUGCUCCCGGGCACGGGAGGCUGAGGCAGAGCUGGGCCAGUGGCGUGGGAAGCAGCGGAGGCUGGCAGAGGAGCUCUCCGAGUGCCAAGAGAGUGUCCGGCAGCUCCGGGACGAGCGGCGCUCUCUGCAGGAGGACAACAACAGGCUACAGCACUCAGUGACGCUCCUGCAGCAGCAGAGUGAGGAGCAGCGCCUGCUCCUGCAGACCCUGCGUGCAGAGCUGCACGUCUACGAGAGCCUCCCGGGCCCCUGUGCUGAGACACGAGCAGGCUGCUUCCCAUCUCCUCCAGUGCGUGAUGUUGGCACUAACUCAGCAGCUCCCCUCCUGUCCCCACUGCCCUCCAGCACGUCGGUGCUCCGGCGGAUGGACGAGCCACGCGGGGCAGACGUGCUGCUGAGGAAGAGCGAGGGACUGACGGGGGCUCACGUUGUCGGCCGCCUGGACACGUACCGAGCCCUGGAGCAGCACAUCGUGGAGGGAAAGGCCUUGGCCCGGGAGCUGAUGUGUCUCACACGGCCAGCACUCGGGCUGCCCAGCUGCCCGCUCCCGGCAAAGGAGGUAAAGCGUGGGCAGGACGGGGCAGGCAGCAGCUGGGGGCCAGACCCUCGGUGCACCUCAGUGCAUUACGUGGCUCCCGACCCCAGAAGCAGCCCCGAGGGCUGCAGGGGCAGCUGGAGGCAGGGAGCCUCCAGGCCAGGGAAUGCUGCCGGCACUGCCCAGCUGUGCCGGGCUGAGCAAGGCCACUCCCCGGCUGCGGCGGGAUGGGGGUGCCCCGGCAGCACCUGCUCCCGCACCCUUCUCCCGCAGGCCCUGGGAUGGACGGGCACGGGGCAGGGGCAUCUGUGGGGCAGCGCCAGCACCCUGCACGGCAUCCUGGAGGAGUGCGUGUCCCUCCUUGCUGCCUUCUGGAGCACCGUGCUGCCCGUGAGCCCUGCCCAGCACCAGGGCAAGGAGCAGGUGCUCCAGGGUGAGAUCGCGGCACUGCGGGCCCGGCUCUCCGAGAGGGAGGAUGCUCUACAGAACACGGCCAGGCGGCUGCGCAGCACAGCCCAGCUCAAGGACAGCAUGGAGCAGUUCAUCGUCAGCCAGUUGACCAGGACCCACAGUGUGCUGCGCAAGGCCAGGACAAACCUGGAGGUGAAGGCCCAGCAGGCCCUGCCUGUUGCGUGAGCCCAUGCAGGGCAAGGAGCAAUGGCCAGCAUGGAAGAGCCCGCUGGCUGCUGAGCUGAGCUGUGCCAGAGGGCUGGAGUGGACCCUAUCCCUGCUGCUCUGACGGCUAGGGUGAAAGGGGUCUGGGAUGUCCAGAGCUACACAGUUCGUGGGUUUGGGCUGCUGUGGUGGUUGCAUGCCCUCCACCAGCCUUUGCUUGGCAUGGCAGCAGCAACUGCUGGCUUGGCCUUUGUCUGGCCCAUGCUUCAGCACUUGCUCCCUUCCACCCUCCGUGCUCAGAGUGAGGUGACACAGCCCCCCAUGCUGAGCACACCUUGCCCUGGGACCUGGUCCCCUCUGUAACCGCGAUGAGUCCCAGUCCCUGUCCCUGCUUGUGGAUGUAUGUAUAUGUAUAUAGACAGAGAUAUUGGAAACGCGCUCUGGGGACUCGGCACAUGUCGGGGCCCCAGCGCAGGAAGAAGAUGUAAGAAAUGCCAUAUUCUGUUCAGUGGCUGAAGAGUCCCCAAUAAAGGUCUCCUUUGGGUUGUGGUGUUUCUGGCA